AUGGCCAAGAAUGUGGACGCAGUUGAUUUGACGGAAGCAGAGGGCAUGGAGGAAUUCGUUGAGGGCAGCGGUGGGGAAAAGGAGGAUGUGGAUCGCAAGUGCUGUCGCCAGGGUGGCAAAGGGUCUGGGAACCAAUCUGGCAUGGUUGGGUCACCAGUGAAACGCCGCCGCAGCAGCGGUUCCGGGGCAGCUGCGGUGGCGGUGGAUGUCGGUAGCAUUGCUGCGCUGGCAGAUGUGGCGCCAAGAGAAAGGGUGAACGUGAAGGGGUACUUGAUGUAUAUCCCUGCGGAAGCGAGAACUGUGACAAUGAGGGCGUCAGUGAAAAGCCUGACACAGCAGGAGAAGCCGGUGUGCACACGGUUGCUGGCGGAUCAUGGCAGUGUGGUGCAAGUGUCCUUUUGGGGUGACAUUGCCACCCGCUGGCAAGCGCCCUUGGCUGAGGCAUUGGAAGCUGCAGAGGAAGGAGAGUGGCCAUAUUUGCAGCUGGAGUGUUGCGAAGUGGUUGCAGUGGCAGACAGCUUGCCAUCGCUUCCGCUGAGGAAGCUGCAGUCGACUGGGGGAACUGUGGUUCACAUUUUGCAGCCAGGGGCUCUGAAGAUCAGCCCGGUGGCAGCAAGCGUGAUCUCAGAUUUUUCUGUCUUUGGCAGUUGCGUGAAGACGCCACUAGUAGUUCACGUACAAGGAAAAGCAGACAUGGUGUCACAGCAGCGAUUCAAUCGCGAUGACGUGCCCAUGCGCGAAUUGCGGCUGACAGAUGGAAAGGGCCUUGGUCUCGCGUGCAUGCUAUAUGGAGAUUCGGCAGAGCAACUUGUCCCACAAGGCGCCUUUUUCCCGAUCUUCUACGGCGAAGGUCGUCCACCAUUGCCUGACAAAGAGGCAGAUGGGUAUUUCUGGGGUUUUUGA